AUGCGUCGAGAAAAUGACAACAACAUGCCGGAGUCUUCUAGAGAAACAGAAACUGAGGGGGAAAUGACGAUCAGACAACAAAGAGAGCAAGGAAACCAGGCGCCUCACAACGUCGUGUCUUUAAUAUCUCAGUUCGCAGAUGAUAAUUUAACACUUGUGCGGAACAUAAGCACCGGACUGGCAGUUGCUGGUGUUAUUGUAAUAGCAAGGAGUAUCAAACUGAUCACCAAAUUUCAAGCUGCCUCUGAGAUCCCCGCUCGCUUUAUUGAGAGGAAUGUCAGCCUCCGUGGGAAAGUUCAUUCAAUCACAGAGAGAGGACUUGAAGUGGAACAUAUCCCAAUUCAUCUGCCAGUCGUCUCUUCGUUACUUAUGAAACACAAAGGUGUGUGCACGAUGGUGGUGCAUCUUGCAGGAGUGGAGCUGACUCCAGAGGGCAGAGAAUGGCUGCAGAAGAACAUGACUCCUUCCCAAACAGUCUGGCUAAAACUUAUCAGCCGAGAGAAUGACAUGCUGCACUGUUUGGUGUCUCAAAGCAGACAGGGGCUGAUGUGGAGCUACUGUAUGAACGAAGAGGUCCUCAGGCUUGGUUUGGCCCGCACUGCGCCUGUGGUAGGGGUCCAGCCUGACUCUCGCCUCUACUGGCGUCUCCACAAACGGCUGCAUAGGGCAGAGGUCAAAGCUGAGAAGAAGGGGCGGGGACUGUGGAAGCAGGACAGCCUAUGGGAGAGGGCCUCCAAGGCUCUCAGGGACAACGCUUUAUUCAGACUGAUGAGGAAGAUCUUUAAGAGGACUUGAUGCACUAAAUAUGACAAAGACGUGACAGCAUGGAAUCUGUUUUAUUUAUUCUGUAUAUCUGUGACUGCCAACUGACAUAUUGACACAAAUUAAGGGAGUUUAAAAGUCUUACUGCAAGCUACAAAAGUGCCAUCCAUCACUGAUCAUUAAUCUGUGACAGAUAUUCUUAUGGAUACUAUAAAAAUAUAUUUAUAUAUAAUAUAUAUAAAUCACAUUUCCCUGAUAUUGCUUUACAUUCCUUAUUACACUUGUUACAAAGGUUUGUGAUUAUUUUUUACAGUAUUUCGCAGUCUUUAGAAGUUUAAAUUGAUUAAAACUUUAUCUUAA